CUUUAACCGCCAACCCAUUGCACUAAACCCCCAAUACGCUCAAUUUUCAAACAUACUUUCAUGCCCUUGGCCAUGUCUCUCUUCAAAACCCUUAUUUCCCACCACUUCCACACCCUCUUCAAACCCCAAAACCCUCUUCACCGUUCUCAAGUAAUCAAUUCAUUCUUACACAAAUCUCUCUUAUGUUCCUCACUAUUUUACAGUUCCAAAACAUAUUCACCCCGAUUCGAAGACGGGAUUGAACCAGCAGAAGAUAAUGAUCAGAAAGAAAACAAGAAACCAUUGGAUGUGAUAUUCAAAGAAGCCGUGAGUGAGAGAUUGGGCGAAAAUGCUGAAAGCAGCGAGAGUGAAAGUGAAGAAGAAAACAAGGAGCUGAAGAGCAGAUUGAGGGAACUGGAGAGAGAGGUGAGAAGGUUGAAAGCGAAAUCUAGUUGUAAAGAUGAUUUGAAAAAGAAGGAAUCGAAGAAAAGUAAGCGCAAGAGUUUGUAUGCAGUGUUUACGAAUCAAGAGAGCUAUAUUGAAAGGCACGCGGAGAGGAUAAAGGAAGAGCCGGAGGUUUAUAAAGAGCUUUCACCGGAUAUGGAAGUGUUUGUGAAUCAUUUGUACAAGGAAGGGUACUUUAACAACGCAAAUUUUAUGCGAGGGAAUAAGUUGGAAUUUGGUUGUUUUGAGAGUAGGUAUGGCCGGGAUUUUAUAAAGUUUGCUGCUGAGAAGUUUGGCAAGGACAAUCAAGAAAUUGCGAAAUGGUUGUCAGGAAGUGACUUGAAAAAGGUUGCCCUCUUUGGUUGCCCUUCCCUUGCAAGAAAGAAUAUUUUUGCUGCUAAAAGACUCAGAAAAGUUUUUGAAAUUCAAGAAAACACAGUUUGCACUAAAUGCGUCCUAAAGCAAUCGUGCAAGUUUGUGAAUCAAAGUGUGUGGAAAGGUGACACCAAGAAUUUAAAUUUGGCUGUUGUUAUGAGGGUUAUCACCUUGUAUGCUUUGGAGUCGGUGCCCCCAGAGCUGGCAGUGCCCAAUGAAAUAAAGGUUUCUGUCAGUAAAUUGCUGAAGGAGGUUUUGAAGCUAAGUCAGAGUAUCUCAUGAAAGCAUACUGGCAUUCUUUCAGGACCUGCAUGUUGUUCCAGUCCUCCUUGUUUGGUUCUGAACACAAAUGAUUUGGUGGACCGUAAAAUUACUCUUUUCGGAUCCUAUCUAUACCGUGAAAAGUUUCUGCAUAUCGGAUUGCAUGUGACCCCUCCAUAUACCAACCCAUGCGGUCCCCACUCCACCAAAUAAUCAUCACGGAAAAGAUCAGGAUCAUCAUUCUUGUUCAGCAUAAAACAGGGGAGUAUUUUGGUCUACCAGAUCGAUCAAAAUGUCUUAUGUUUUGUGUUAAAUAUAUACUAUUUACUUUAAGUAAAAGAAACCGCAAACCGAAGAUCAGAAGAUUGAUUUUUAUUUCCAUGGUGAGUAGGAAGACAAUUCAAACCAAUGUUUUGAAUACCAUACCGGUUGGAAUUUAUUGUGCCAGAACAGUAAUUGGCAUGGGAGAAGUAGGUGUUUCGUAUCUGGUUAAAUAUAAGUCAUUUCAGUGUGUUUCAGUCAAUACCAGCAUGGUUGUGUUAUUUUUGUAAUUAAUGUAAAAAUCUUAGUUUUUUUUCAUAAUUUUCAUUCAAAUUCUCACAU